UCUGCUCCUCAGUUGCUGUCCUCGGCAUAACCUCCAGCUCUACCGGCACAACGUCGACAUCGAAUUCUGCGAAUCGUUCAACGCCCAUCACCGCGAUUGAAGCCCGUCUUCAAUCUCGCAUUUACUCCAUUGGCUUGUUCUUGUUUAGCUUCUUGUUGCUGUCUACCCCAACCGCCACAAUGCCUCCCCGUCUCGCCCCCCUCCGGAUCGCAAUCCGCAUCCCGCACACCACAACCGCAUCCUCCAGAUCCGCAGCCGGAGCAUUUUACUCGACCUCGACGGCCGCGGACUCCAACCAGCCCCUCAUCACCGUCACACAGCUCCCGGCGCCCGGGUCCGGCCACAUUCGCAUUCUCGAGCUCAACCGACCCAAGGCGCGCAACGCCCUCUCCAAAGCCCUCCUCUCCCAGCUGCGCGCCGAGGUCGACGCUGUCCACGCCCAGUAUGACCCGGAAACCGGCGCCGAGGUGCCGCCGCAGCCCAUCUUUGGCGGUGCCGCUGGGAAGGACGUCAAGGGCCCUACGCGCGCCCUCAUCCUCGCCAGCGCCGUUGAGACGAGCUUCUGCGCCGGCGCGGACUUGAAGGAGAGGCGGGGCUUCACACAGGAGGAGACCGACGAAUUCCUCCACAACCUCCGCUCCACCUUCACCUCCCUCCAGAACCUCCCGAUCCCAACAAUCUCGGCAAUCUCCUCCAUCGCCCUCGGCGGCGGCCUCGAGCUCGCCCUCUCGACGCACUUCCGCGUUCUCUCCUCCAACGCCCUCGUCGGCCUCCCCGAGACGCGCCUGGGCAUCAUCCCCGGCGCCGGCGGCACCCACCGCCUGCCCGCGCUCAUCGGCCUCUCCCGCGCGCGCGAUCUCAUCCUCACGGGCCGCCGCGUCUCCGCACCCGAGGCCUAUUUCCUGGGCAUCGCGGACCGGCUGGUGGACAUCACGCACGAGGAGGCGGAGAAGGCGGGCGAGGGCGACAAGGAUAAGGGCGUGUUGCUGGCGGCGCGCAAGGCGGUGCUGAGCGAGAGCGUGAGGCUGGCGGGGGAGAUUUGCGAGGGCGGGCCGAUUGCGAUUCGUGCUGGGCUCCAGGCUGUGGCGUGGGCGAGGGAGGAGGUUGAGAAUAAGAUGUAUGAGCGGGUUGUUGCUACGGAUGAUCGGAAUGAGGCGCUCAAGGCGUUCCAGGAGAAGAGGAAGCCUGUCUUCAAGGGCCAGUAAGGCUGUGUAGUAUUUUUUGCAUAUCUAUGGUCUAGAUCUUGACAUGAGAGCUAGGCAUGUAUUGCUCGAACAUAGCCUUGAGACCAUGAUGAGAUGGAUCAGCUCAGCGGAAGAGUUUCAGCAACUCAAGAUUUCAUCGUGAUAUAGAUACGGCGGCCAUGCUAGACAUCUUGAUCAGACAGUUCCUCUUUGACGAUGAUGCCUUAUUCUCGUUCAAUCGAUCACCCAAGAGACCCAGGGCACAUGAAUAACUUGAAGAAGUUCCGAAAUGCAUGUCGGGUGAAGAGGGCUCAUAAACCCCACCUCGGAUCCGUGCCGGUAGUGGAUCCCGGUGCGGCACGGAUGAGAUCGAGAUGCAACAUGGCGGGGAAUCUCUAAGAAGGUACUGCUUGACUUGAUGUAGACUAGGACCGAAGCUGGGGCUCAUGUGAAAGGAACGAGUGCCAAGCUGAAUGCCAGCUUACCUUGGGCUACCUAGGUAUUUCUCUUCAUUCCGCCCUGUCCUCUCCGUAUUAGAGCUAUUCAAACGCUGAAGACCGAGGUUAUGCAAACAGUCCAAUGCAGUGUGUAGGUACAGUGGGAUGCAAGGCAUCUGAUGGUCUGAUGAGAUGGCCAGGCAAACGCAAGGUAAGUAGAUAUGGCGUCAUCUUCCCCGGUCCCAACCGCCUAUUCCGCGCAGAGAGAUCGAAAAUC